AUGGCCGACAGGUUUCCGUCGCUGGAUGAGAUUGAUGCCGGCCAGACCGAAGCCCGCGGUGAUGCCAACUUCGACCUCGUUGCCGACACCGCAGACCAGGGCGACUUCCUGAGCCGCGAGCGCGCACUACUGGGCGAGGACGCCGACCAGUUCGCCGCACCUGGCGACAACACUGCCACCGUUGAGGAUGCUGGCGACGAUGAUCUUCUGGGAGGCGGUGGCGGCGGUGACUUCCCGGCCAUCGGCGACCAGGACGACAUGACCGGCUUCGAGAGCUCUUUCCCGGCGAUAGACACGUCCAACGAGCACAUGGCUCCUGGCGGCACCAUUACCGGUAGCACCGCCCCCUUCCUCCCCGGCGCACCCCAGUCCUCGUCGUUCGCUCCUGUCGCCGCCGACGAGCCUGAGCCCGAGGUCAUUCGCGAAUGGCGCGAGCGCCGCGACCUUGCCAUCCAGCACCGCGACCAGAUCUCGGAUGAGAAGAAGCAAGCGACUAUCAAGGCCGCGCACGAGGCCAUUGACGACUUCUAUGAGAACUACAACAACAAGAAGGAGAAGGGCAUCGCUCAGACCCGUAAGGACGAAGAGGAGUUCCUGAACAGCAGGGACGACACCACGGCCGGCGGCACCAGCUGGGAGCGCAUUGCGAAGCUCGUCGACCUGAGCGGCAAGGGAGCACGCGGCGGUGGCAGCGGCAGCGAGAAGGCCAGGUUCAGGGAACUGCUGCUCAGCUUGCGGAAGGACGAGAAGGCACCUGGCGCAACCGGCUACUAG